AUUUACAUACGAUGUAAGUGCAUAUAUAAAAAUUAUAUUGCGGUAUAUAUUUGCUGGAUAUAUUUUUUUAAACGCAGUCAGGUGGUUCUAAUAAAAAUGUCUGGACUGAACUUGUUAGUGGUUUUAUCAGUGGUGCUGACCGCAGUGGUAUGUCAGGAUCUCAAUCCACAACCUCUCGCGAGUAGAAACGAUGGUGGCGAACAGCCACGCUUCCUCAUAGGCCGGAUCGUACGUAAAAUUUUUCGUCCAAAAUUUGUUCCGCUCCCAGUGCCUGAAUAUAGUCAAAAUGAUCAAAACAUAUUCGGCGUUAGAAGACCAAUAUACACUAAUUCCUAUCAGGGCGCACCGGAUGCCGGAACCAGCAGAUUUUUAUUUGAUAUCGGACGACCCGUUCUCUCCACCUUAGAGAGAAGACCAUCAUAUUUUUCACAAAACCGCCGAGUGUCUUAUGGAUGGUAGAAAGUAGAAACGAGGCCGAAUAGGUCCCUCCAAAGGUAACUGGGGGAUAUUGUGCAUAAAAGCCAAGAGUUGUACGAUCAUGUAAUAUGGUACUAACUGAAUAUAACUCAAUAAGAUCUUAGUUGUAAAUCAUUCAGUCUAAUAAAAUUAUUAAAAAUUAG